AUGGCAAGUAUAAUAUAUCUAAAAUAUUUUGUAACAAUUUACUUUAUAGACCAUGAACAAGGAUCUAAUCUUGGUUUUCACCAUAGAAGCGGUGGUGGUGGGGAUUGUCCUCGGCUUCAUGAUACGCCCAUUCAAUCCGAGUAACGAUGCUAUCAGUUUGAUUGGAUUCCCAGGGGAAAUAUUUAUGCAAAUUGUCGAGAUGAUGAUCUUGCCCUUGAUAAUCAGCUCCGUAAUCAGCGCUUUGGCUCAAGUUAAGCCCGGACAUGCUGGAAAAAUGGGAUUGCUAACUGUUUUAUACUACAUGACGACCACUUUUCUUUCCACUUUUGUGAGUUUAUAAAAGAUUUUUGUUUUUUUUAUUACACUUCCAAGAAGAAUAAGCGUUGAAAAGUUUUAUUGAUCUAACUGCUCCAUUUCCCACAGACAGACCGGUAUAAUUUUGGUCCAGUCGAUUCAUCCGGGAGAUCCCCAUUUGACCACCAAAAUUGGCGAAGGAACUUUGGAUGAUACGGCGCUUUCCACUUUGGAUACUUUUCUGGAUCAAGUGAGGUAAGUGGAGAUGAAUGUGUAUAUGUUACUGAAAAAUGUUUUAAUGCUUUCGGCGAGUCUAAGAACUGAUGCUGAAACAUAAAUCUAAAGGAAAAUUAAAAUUUCAGGAAUAUGUUCCCCGAGAACAUCGUCCAGGCCACAUUCCAACAAGUCCAGACGGAUUAUGUCCCAGUGAAACCCAAAUAUCGAGCGAUCAAUAACUCGAGUGCGUUGGUGGUGGUUAGUAACGGGACACAGCAUCAGUUGAUGAAGAGGGUGCUGACUUAUACGAAUGAAGUCAAUGUUCUUGGUAAGGAUUACAUUGUGGUUAAAGAAAUCCGAUUCUUUGACUUUCUGUGACUUUAUUUCAGGUCUAAUCGUGUUUUGCACCGGGUUUGGCGUGAUCUUGUCCAUUUUGGGAGAGCAAGCCCGAUUGAUGAUCAACUUCUUCAUUGUCCUGGAUGCCGUAAUCAUGAGGUGGAUUACGGCAUUAAUGUGGGUUUAUCCAAUCGGGAUCUUAUCUCUGGUCACCAAGAACAUUGUGGAUAUUGACAACCUCACUGAGACUGCACAAGCUUUGGCUAUGGUAUGUUGACGUUGAUUGCCCAUAAUUUCCUCAAUUUAGUAUGUGGUCACUGUAAUUUGCGGUCUGAUGAUCCAUUCACUGUUAACUUUACCACUGCUUUACUAUAUGUUCACUCGAGGGAAUCCAUUUAAUUUUAUGACAGGGAUGUUACAAGCCAUUGCUACUGCGUUUGGAACUGCUUCAAGGUGAGGAACUGGGUGUCCAAUUUUUACCUCUAUGGGCUUGCAUAUAAACAUGGGAGGAUUACUUUGUUGUUUUUUUUGGAAAUUUGUCGAUUGUUGACAAGAUGGAACUACAUAGAGUGUUUUUGACCCUAUUAUUUCGUUAUUUUUAUUUUUGGCACUAUCCUAAUGUAAGAUUCCACUGUAAAAAUAACGUAUUUUAGUGGCGCCACAUUACCGGUGACAUUCCGGGCGCUGGAAGAUUCGUUGAAGAUAGAUCGCCGCGUCACUCGAUUUGUCUUACCUUUAGGGGCUACAAUCACCAUGGAUGGAACAGCUUUGUAUGAGGCUGUGGCUGUGAUCUUCAUCGCUCAACUGAAUAACAUCCAGUUGUCAUUGGUGGAACUGCUUACAAUUAGGUAAGCAUUGCUUAAAUUUUGAGUGGCUUUUCAACUGUAAUAUUUCAUUACUUUAGCUUCACAACAACAGUCGUUUCAAUAGGCUCGGGUUCCGUCCCCGCUGGCCUUGACACUUUGAUUGUGGUACUGACUACUGUCGGGUUACCAGUAAAAGAUUUGUCGCUUCUCUUAACAGUUGACUGGCUGCUGGAUCGGAUUCGAACAUCAGUUAAUGUGCUUGGAGAUGGUUAUGGAUGUGGGAUCAUCUAUCAUAUGACAAGGAAAACGUUAGCCGAAGGGGAUAAAGAUGAUCUGAUUAGACAAUUGAGGAAUGAAAUAAGUAAGCAGUUUGUUUAUUUGAGCAUAAAAUAUUGGCUAACAAUAAGACUUUGAAGGCGAUGGGUUUGGACCUUAAGAUGAUUAGGGAAACGGAUAAUAUGUUUGUACUGUUUGUCUUGUUGACAAGCAAGACUUUAAUUAGCACAGCCUGGUUUCUGCAGGAGUUCUCAAGGCUUUGUCGGAGGGGCUUGUCUUCGUUGGGCCUCCAUCGUAUUUGUUUUUUGGUUGGGUAAACUGUGGUCAUGCCAAGAAACUAAAUUUUUUCAAUUUCCUAAUGCCUCCACUCCCAAUUUCUCUGUUCCUCGAUCGGUUCGUGCUGUGGGACCCUUUGAUCAUACCUUCAUUUACUCUUGAUCAUGUUACUCGCUCAACACGCCUUUCCAGAAAUCAUCAACGACCCGGUGCCUCAUCUCGACUUUGUGGAUGAUGAACCUCAUCAUGGGAUUCAUGGCGCUUCCCAAUCCAUGCCAGUCACUGCUCGACAAGGCCGAUUUUCUUUGGCCGGUUUCAGUGAAUUUGCGGGAAGUCGUCGCCAGAAACAGAAGGAUUAUUUAAGUGCGUCAGCUACACAUUCCGAGUGUGGAUUCGCUUUAAUGGGAGGCCGGAAGGAGUCGGGGAACGACCUGAAGGCACAGAGAUUUAAAGAGGAUAAUCGAUCACUAUUAUCCGGUUCUAUGGAGUUUACCGUAUGA